AUGGAAGCCCUUAUUCCAGAUAUUAACAAACUGCAAGAUGUAUUUAACACUGUUGGCUCAGACGCUAUUCAUUUACCUCAAAUCAUAGGUUUAGGAUCACAGAUUUCCGGAAAAAGUUCUGUUAUUGAGAGUUUACUAGAAAAGUCCUUGCUUCCCCGAGCUGUAGCUACCGCAAAUACUGAUAUGGACACAUCAGAAAGUUUAGCUAUAGCCAAAGAUUUAGAUCCUGAUGGCAGAAGGACACUGGCUGUUGUAACAAAGGUAGAUCUUAUAGAUGCUGAAACUGAUGCUGUAGACAUCUUAUGUGGGAGAGUUAUACCUGUAAAAGUAGGAAUCAUCGGAGUGGUUAAUAAAUCUGAACAGGCUAUUAUGAACGCCAUAUUUAGCUAA